GAACAGAUCGAUGAGGUGAGAGUGGUGGUGGUGGUGGUGACUGUAGUCUGUUUAUCAACGGCGAGAACAAAGCUUUCUUCUGAUUCUAACCCCUCUCAAUUCUUUGCUCGGACAUUGUCUCUAUUAAGAAGCGAAAUGGGUUUACAUCGUCGUAAAGUGCUUUCUUUAUCCUUCGACCAACUCUGAUUGUAUCCAUCUGAUAACGUCUCCUGAGUGAAAAUCGAGCCUUUCUCGGGUUUUGUGCUGCUCCAGCUUUCAACAUUACAGGUUCGAAAAAAGUGCCUUGUAAGGUAUGGACAAAAUCAGUGGACUGUCUGAUGACUUGCUGGUUAAGAUACUAUCCUUUGUUCCGACAAAAGUGGCUGUAUCCACUACUGUUCUGUCUAAGCGAUGGGAAUGUCUUUGGAUGUGGGUGCCUACCCUCGAAUACGAUGAUUUCGAAGACAUUAAUACUGACAUUAAAGAUAUGUAUCGUGUGUCUGUUCACAAGAAUCUCAUAUCACACAGAGCUCCCAUCAUAGAAAGCCUGCGCCUCAAGUUCUGUCUCGGAUCACUUCAACCCGAAGAUAUCAAACAAUGGGUUAGCAUUGCAGUCUCUCACUGCGUGCGAGUGCUGAGUAUCACCUCCCUUUCCGACGACAAGCCUGAUAGUGCAUUGCCGAGUAGCUUGUACACCUCCAAAACCCUCGUGACUUUGAAACUCGAAGGAAACAAGAUUCUCGUAGAUGUUCCUCCAACAGUUUGUCUCCCUUCCUUGACAACCUUGCAACUGUCAUGUGUGACAUACUUAGAUGAAGCUUCUCUCCGGAUGCUUCUAUCCAACUGCCCCGUUCUGGAAGAUCUGGUUAUUGAAAGGGAUACAGCAGAUGACAACGCGAAAGGGUUAGUAGUUGCUGUCCCGUCCUUGCAGAGGCUAUCGUUGCAGAUAGACGGUGGAUGUUGUUCUUAUGAUGGGUAUGUGAUAGAUACGCCUUCGUUGAUGUAUUUCAAAGUUGAGGAUUACAGAGACAGAGACGGUUUCUCCUAUUUGAUUAAGGAUAUGCCGAAACUGGAAGAGGCAGAUAUCGCUGUUAAGUAUGGUCUCCAAGAGUUUCUCGAAUCAGUCACAUCUGUCAAACGUCUUUCGAUUAAAGUAUUGUUCAACAAUGAAGAAGAGUCUAUGUACUGUUCUUGUAUUGUCUUCAGUCAGCUCAAACGCCUGAAGCUAAGUAUAUGCAAUGACGACUGGUCAAAGUUACUUUUCCGCUUGCUCAAAGAUUCUCCUAAACUCCGAGUCCUCAAUCUCCACCGCGCUUCUCGGUAUCAACGCUUUGACGAGUACGAACGGAGUAGCUGGGACAAUGAAUGGAGCGUGACUCCAAACUGUUUGUUGAAGACUCUUGAAACUUUCGAGUAUUCAGGGUGCAUGGGAAGACCAGAAGAGAGAGCUUUCUUGAGCUUUUUCUUUAAUAAUGCUCGUUGCCUGAAAUCUACAUCAAUCUUGCGCUAAGACUGAUGUUGAAACUUGAAAAUGAUCUAAUAGUCGGUCGUUUUGGAGUGUGGAUCUUAGGUCUGUUUUGUUGUUCAGGAACUGGUGGGUUCUUUUAACUAUGGAUGUUUGGUUUUGUUUUGUUUGUUUUGUUGUCCAGGAAUUAAUAAAUGUGUAGUGUGACUUGCGAGUCGAACCUCUUAUUUAAGAAGAUACCCAACUCAGGUUGUGUUUCUCUCUUGUCAAAUGAAUUUAUUUCCUCUGUUUCUAA